AACAGAAACCAGAAAAGAAAAGAAAAAGAAAUAACACAAAAUAAAAAUUAUACAACUAUUAAAAAAAAUUUAAAAAAUAAUACAGAAUUAAAUACAGUAAACUAAUAAUAUUAUAUUAUUAAUAGAAGAAUUAUUUUGAGAAUUUAAUUAAAACAAGAAAAAAACUUAACUUAACUUUGAUUCAACUCUUCACAAAUAAAAGAAUUCACAAUACAAGGACUUGAUUCGGAUCGGUCAGCUUGUGUGGCAGCUAUAUGCAAUAGUGGUCCGAUCUGAACGAUUUCUUCAGAAAUUAUAUCAUUGCCAUAAACAAUAAUUCGAGCCAAAUUUCGUGAAUAUCUUGUCAAAUAAAAACGUUUUUCAUGCAACUACUUGAUUUCGAUCGUUCAGUUUCUAGGACAGCUAUAUGCUUUAGUGAUCCAAUAUCAGCGGUUCCGACAAAUCAGCAGCGUCAUAGUGAGAAAAGCCCGUGCGCAAAAUUUCCGAUCAAUAUUUCAAAAACUGAGAGGCUAGUUCGGUUACAUACAGACAGACAGACGGACAUGGCUAAAUCGACUCAGCUCUUCAUGCAGAAUUUAUAACUUUGUCUACACGCUUGAACGACGGUGUUAUUUAGGGGUCAAAAUAACAAGUUAAUUAACUAUCAAAAUGGCAGCACCUAUUAAAAAGAAUAUGGAGACCGGUCAAGCGUUCGAUUCCAAUGCCAUGACAUUGACGCGCUUUGUCUUGCAGGAGCAACGCAAGUUCAAACAUGCCACCGGCGAUCUCUCACAAUUGCUCAAUUGCAUACAGACAGCGAUUAAGGCUAUUGCCUCAGCUGUGCGUAAGGCUGGCAUAGCCAAAUUACAUGGCAUUGCGGGUGAUAUCAAUGUGCAAGGUGAAGAGGUGAAGAAGCUGGAUGUGCUUUCGAAUGAAUUGUUUAUCAAUAUGUUAAAAUCAUCAUACACUACGGCGCUGCUGGUUUCCGAGGAGAAUGAGAAUGUAAUUGAGGUGGAGUUGGAGCGACAGGGCAAAUAUGUGGUUUGCUUCGACCCGCUCGACGGUUCUUCGAAUAUUGAUUGUUUGGUCUCGAUCGGUUCGAUCUUCGCUAUCUACCGGCGUCAAACCGAAGGUGAACCGACCAUACAAGAUACACUACAGCCGGGUAAUAAAAUUGUUGCCGCCGGUUAUGCGCUCUAUGGUUCAGCCACUGCUAUUGUAUUGAGUUUAGGUGCGGGUGUGAAUGGUUUCACUUAUGACCCGUCAAUUGGUGAAUUCAUUUUGACCGAUCCGAAUAUGCGUGUACCCGAAAAGGGUAAAAUCUAUUCGAUUAAUGAAGGUUACGCCUCCGAUUGGGAUGCGGGCGUAUUUGGAUAUAUUGCCGCUAAAAAGGAUCCCAGCAAGGGUAAGCCAUAUGGUGCACGCUACGUUGGCUCGAUGGUGGCCGAUGUACAUCGUACCAUUAAAUAUGGUGGCAUUUUCAUUUAUCCUUCAACUAAAUCGGCGCCAAACGGUAAAUUACGUCUGCUGUACGAAUGCAAUCCGAUGGCGUUUUUGAUGACACAAGCUGGUGGUUUGGCAAGUGACGGUCGCAUUGACAUUUUGGAUAUAGUGCCGCAGAAAAUACAUGAACGCAGCCCCAUUUUCUUGGGCUCUAAGCAGGAUGUAGAGGAAGCGUUGAGAUAUAUGCAAGAAGCGCAAAAACUGUAAAAAAGCGCGUAAACUUUUGUACAAAAUAUAAAACUACACAUAUGUAUGCAUGUAUAUUGUACUGGUUUUGACUUAUUACGGACUAAGAGAUUGUCAAUAUAAAUUUAUUGUUUACUAGCAUAAGAUGAUGAUGCCUGAUUAAGUUUAAAAAAAUGUGAAGAAAACGAAAAAAAUUAUGUAAAAACGAAAA